AUGUAAAAAACACAUCACACACAAGUCCUGGUGGCUCCAUUUUCUAGCUAGCGUUGAACUUGUUUUCUCCAGUUUUGUGGGACAGAAUUGUCUAUUUCAUUUUAUUGUUGUAUUGAAACGAGGAAUUUUUCAAGAUGGGGGGAGGCGAUUUGAACUUGAAAAAGAGCUGGCAUCCCCAGACUAUGAAAAACAUUGAACGUGUUUGGAAAGCUGAACAGAAACAUGAGGCCGAGUGCAAGAAGAUUGAGGAACUCCAGAAGGAACUGAAAGAUGAACGAGCCCGAGAAGAAAUAACAAGAUUUGCAGAGACAGCCGGAUCCAUCAAGAAGAAGGAUGAUCGGCUGGACUGGAUGUACCAGGGCCCCGCCGGCCAGGUGUCCAGAGACGAGUACCUGAUGGGACGUGCCAUCGACAAGCAGAUCACCGACCAAUACGAGGAGCCCGAGACCGGCCCGUCAGCUGAGACCGGCCUCCUGCCCGGCUCCAUCUUCAACCCCUCCACUCCCGCCUCUAACCUCGACCUGGCUGCUAAGAUCAGGGAAGACCCCCUGUUUGAAAUCAGGAAACGUGAAGAAGAAAAGAAGAGAGAAGUCUUGAGUAAUCCAGUGAAGAUGAAGAGAAUUAAGGAAAUGCUGCGCCAGAAUCUGGACAAGAAAGACAAGAAGAAGAAGAGGAAGAAGGACAAAAAGGAGAAGAAAGACAAAGAGAGAAAAAAAGAGAAGAAGCAUAAGAGAAGGAGUUCUAGUUCAAGCUCAGAGGAGGAGGAGGAGAAACACAGGUCACAUUCCAGAGAUGAAUCUUCAACAGACACCAAGUCUCGUUCCCAUCAUGUCCCGGGCUACGGCCUGCAGUUCCCGGCUGGCAGACAUCACCAGUCCUCCGCUCCCUCCCAUCACUCCGGGCGCCGUGAGAGGAGCCGCUCCCGGUCGCCUCACAGGAACAGACAGGAGGGCCACGCCCACUCCUCUUCCUCACACAGAGGCGACAGGAAGGACGAGCCCAAAGGCUCCAGCCAACAGGGAGACCGUUACCAGAGACAGAGGCACCCUGUGGCCAAGAAGCUCUCUGCAGAAGAGCUGGAGCACAAGAGGCAGGAGAUGAUGGACCAGGCCAAGCAGAGGGAUGAGGACAGGGAGAAUAAUGUGAGGAGAUACAAGAAGCAAGACGAGCAGGAAAAGCAGCGGGAAAAAAUUGUCAAGCGUGACCGGCACGCUGGCUUCAUUCAUGAUAUGAAGCUGGAGAGUGCAUCCAGCUCCUCCUUAGAGGACAGAGUGAGGAGGAAUAUCCACUCCAUUCAGAGGACGGCAGCCUCCCUGGACAACUUCAUGAGGAGAUGAAAACACAAUUAUUAUAUGAACUGAUAUUUAAGGCUUGGAAUAUGCCACCCACUCCUUUAUCUGUCUCUUCAAUGUAUUGAACAGGUUUGCUUGUUUUAAUGCAUUCAGGAUUGUGUGAUGGGAGUCUGUCAGAUACGGGACCAUAUGGCUCCAGGCUCACUUGGGCCUUUUAUUUUGAAAAGUUGUUUCCACAAUGGUAACAUCAUUUAUAUUUCAGGCUAUCAUGGCUGAUCUGUUCUAGAUAGUUUUGUAAAAGCCAUUUAGUUAAUGUGAUCACAACUUUGUACAGGAUAUGGUUUUAGAUUUUACAGUUUCACAGACCCUGCUUUUAUUUUUGAAAUAUAUGGCAAUUGGAAUAAAACAUAUUUCCAAAUCUAAA